GGGUCCUUGUCCGAGGAGCUGGCGCGGGGGCUUUUCCGCCAGGUGCUGGAGGCCGUGCGGCACUGCCAUAACUGCGGUGUCCUGCACCGUGACAUCAAGGAUGAGAACAUCAUCAUCGACCUCGCCACCGGAGAGCUCAAGCUCAUUGACUUUGGCUCCGGCACCUUCCUCAAGGACACAGUCUACACCGAAUUUGACGGAACACGGGUGUACAGCCCACCAGAGUGGAUCCGCUACCACCGCUACCAUGGCCGUUCGGCAACGAUCUGGUCCCUGGGCGUUCUGCUCUAUGACAUGGUCUGCGGGGACGUCCCCUUUGAGCAGGACGAGGACAUCAUCGGGGGCCAGCUCUUCUUCCGACGGCGGGUCUCUCUAGAGUGCCAGCACCUCAUCAGGUGGUGUUUGUCUAUGCGCCCCUCGGACAGGCCAUCUUUGGAUGACCUUUUCAAUCAUCCGUGGCUGCAAGACAUUCACCUGCCCCAGGAGACAGCAGAGAUCCACCUGCACAGUUUGAUCCAGGAGCCUGGCAAAUAA